AUGGAGCCGCUGUUGAUCUGCCUUUCCUUGUGGAUUUUGCAAUGCAAUUCGGCCAAAGCGGAUUCAAUCAUACAUAUCGGUGCCAUAUUCGAGGAAAACGCUGUGAAAGACGACGAGAUCUUUCAGCUUGCCAUCUCAGACCUGAGUCUGAGCGACGACAUCCUGCAUAGCGAGAAGAUCACGCACUCUGUGAAACUUAUCGAGCCCAACAACCCCUUUCAGGCUGUGCAGGAAGCAUGUGAGCUGAUGAACCAGGGGAUCCUCGCUCUUGUAACGUCUACAGGAUGUGCAGCAGCAAGUGCCCUGCAGUCUCUGACAGAUGCAAUGCACAUCCCUCACCUCUUUAUUCAGAGGAAAGGGGAUGGUGUACCCCGCACCGCCUGCACCCUCAACCCCAGCCCUGAGGGAGAGAGUUACACACUGGCUGCCCGUCCACCUGUUCGGAUAAACGACGUCCUGCUUACUCUUGUGUUAGAGCUGCACUGGCAGAAGUUCAUAAUAUUCUACGAGAGCGACUAUGAUAUUCGGGGAUUGCAAACCUUUAUGGACCAGGGAUCUCGGCUCGGACUGGACGUUUCUUUGCAGAGGGUGGACCGCAACAUUAGCAGAGUUUUUACGGACCUCUUCAACACCAUGCGUACCGAGGAGCUCAACCGAUAUCGGGACACUUUACGAAGAGCUGUGCUGCUCAUGAGUCCUCGUGGAGCGCAGGUUUUCAUCCACCAGGCGGUGGAAACCAACCUGGCGUCAAAGGACAGUCACUGGGUCUAUGCCAACGAGGAGGUGAGCGACUCCGACAUUGUGGAGCUGGUUCACGGGUCUCUGGGCCGGAUGACAAUCAUUCGCCAGAUUUUCCCAAUGUGGAGGGACACUAAUGUUCGCUGUAUGAGGAACAAUCAUCGCAUCUCUUCCCUGCUUUGUGACCCUCAAGAAGGAUACCUGCAGUCUCUGGAGGUGUCCAACCUCUACCUGUACGACAGUGUUUUGAUGCUAGCCAACGCCUUCUACAGAAAGCUGGAGGACAGGAAGUGGCACAGCAUGGCCAGCCUUAACUGCAUGAGGAAGUCCACAAAGCCGUGGAAUGGGGGGUGGUCUAUGUUGGACACCAUUCAGAAGGGACGGAUCAGUGGCCUGACAGGAAUAAUGGACUUCCGGGCUGAGGGCUCCAAUUCGCAUGUACAGUUUGAGGUUCUUGGGACCAGCUACAGUGAAACAUUUGGAAAAGAUGUGAAAAGGUUGGCAACAUGGGACUCCAUUCGAGGUUUGAACGGUAGCCUAAGGGAGAAUCGAAUCGACAGCAGCAUGCAGGGGGUGACGCUCAAGAUUGUAACAUUACUGGAGGAACCAUUUGUGAUGGCAGCAGAAAACAUUCUGGGUCAACCCAAACGGUACAAGGGUUUCUCAAUCGAUGUCCUUGAUGCCCUGGCUAAGAUCCUUGGAUUCAAGUAUGAUAUCUACCAAGUUGGUGAUGGGAAGUAUGGCUCAAUGCUACCAAAUGGAUCCUGGAAUGGCAUGAUCGGAGAACUCAUAGGCAAACGAGCCGACUUGGCCAUAUCGGCCAUCACCAUCACACCGGAGCGUGAAAGUGUGGUUGACUUUAGCAAGCGCUACCUGGACUACUCUGUGGGAAUCUUGAUGCGCAAGUCAGAGGAAAAGAUCAACAUUUUUUCCUUACUAGCGCCGUUCGAUCUGGCUGUGUGGGCAUGCAUCGCUGCCGCCAUCCCUGUGGUGGGCAUUAUGAUAUUCCUUCUCAGGCGUAUCCAAGCUGUACGCUGCCACAACAAUGCUGGAGGGCAACCAGCACCUUCAGCUUCCACUUCGCUCCAGAAUGCUAUUUGGAUUGUUUAUGGUGCUUUUGUUCAACAAGGCACUGACUCCCUCCUUGGCUCGGUUGCUCUGCGUAUCGUAAUGGGCAGCUGGUGGCUCUUCACGCUCAUUGUGUGUUCAUCCUACACAGCAAACCUGGCAGCCUACCUCACUGUGUCACGCAUGGACAAUGCAGUCCGGUCACUCCAGGAUCUUUCCAAACAGGGGGAUGUGGUUUACGGGACCGUGAGGGACUCAGCAGUGUACGAGUACUUCAGGGCCAAAGGCACCAAUCCUCUGGAACAAGACAACACCUUUGCUGAACUCUGGAAGGUCAUAAACAAAAACAAUGGCUUUGAGUACUCCGUUUCAAGCCCGUCAGAGGGACUUAGAAAGGCAAAGCGGGAGUCAUAUGCGUUCCUGUGGGACAUGGCAGUGGUAGAGUAUGCAGCUUUGACAGAUGAUGACUGCACGCUGACUGUAGGAGGAAGCAGCCUGAACACCAGAGGCUAUGGCAUGGCCCUGCAGCAUGGAAGUCCUUACAGAGACCUCUUUUCCCAAAAGAUUUUAGAAAUUCAGGAAAAAGGUGACCUCGACAUCCUGAAGCAAAAGUGGUGGCCAAAGAAAGGCCGCUGUGACCUGCAGAGCCACACAGACGCUCAGCCAGAGGGCCGAGCGCUGCGUCUGCACAGCUUUGCCGGCGUGUUCUGCAUCCUGGCUGCUGGGCUCCUGCUGGCUCUCCUAGUGGCUGCGCUGGAGACGUGGUGGAACAGCAACCACUGCCGGAGAGAGCAGCCCAAAGAGGACAAGGAGGUGAACCUGGAACAGGUCCACCAGCGCUUGAACAGCCUCCUGGACGAUGACUUAGCCCACAAGCAGCUGCCAGGCCAGUCUAUUGAGAUCUCAGCCCUGGAUAUUGGCAGAGUGCAGCCCAGCCAGUCUCUGGAGGCUUUGUCUGUUCGGGAAUACCCAGCCCACCGGGGUCCACCGCCGCUCUCUGUGACCACCUUCCUCCAGGAGGGUCAUGGGGUUGGAAGGACACUGGGCGCAGCAGGUGGCAGGACCUUGCCUCUGCCUCUCAGCAGUGCCACAAUGCCCUCCAUUCGAUGCAAGCACAGAGCGCCAAACGGGGGACUCUUCCGGCAGAGUCCAGUCAAGACACCCAUGCCAAUGUCCUACCAACCAAUUCCAGGAGGGCCCAUCCCAGAGGCCGGUGAUGCCAGCCACGGGACAUCCAUCUGAGCAAACUGAACUUCCACAGACAUUUGAGCUCAAAAUUAAAAGUGGAGAGCCAACAGAGUGCCAACAAUGGAAGUCUAUAAAUAAGAACAAUAAAACAGGAUUUUUAUGACCAUCAUUAAAAACUCAGUGACAUGACACAUGACAAGACAUUGACUCAUCACUGUACAUAUUUGUAAGUACAUAAAGAGAGACAAAACAUUACAAAAAGUGUAUUUUGAAUAUCCUCAACAACUGAGUUUAAAAAUAGAAGUGUUUAAAAAAAAUGACUGUUCAAACGGCUUUGUAAAUUUUGUUCUAAAGGAAUAAAGGUGACAAUUCUUUGUGGUUGUUUUCUAAGUGCCAAGUUCAACAUUUACUGAAUGUACUGUGAGAAAUAAAGAAAAACAUUUCACACGUCAAAACACACUGAAACAGUUGACUUUGUUUGAUAUGAAAAAAUAAAAAGUAUAACACAAAAAACACUGCAAUGUGUGUUUGAAUACAUAUUAA